AUGUCGGAUAAUGAUCCGUUGUUGGAAUGGCCGGAAUUGAAGCGAGUUAUAGAGGAAGGCCGAUGCGAACUUAGCUUGACUUCUGUUCCAGCUGGAGAUCGAAAUCCAAACAUCAACGAUGAACAGUUGCAACGCGAAAUUUUUGCUCCAAAUACUUCACUCAACUAUAUUGAACUUACUCGGCUUGAACUCAUCAUAUUGCACACUUGCUUGGGGAAGGCAUCGAAACUGAAGAAGCUUAUAUUACAUAGUAAUGCUUUAGUACAUAUUCCGGAGGAUAUUGGUGACUUGAAAAUAUUGCAAUUUCUCGAUUUAUCAACAAACAAGCUUGAUCGGCUUCCAGCUGCAAUUGGCUCUUUGUCUCAUCUCUCAACGCUCCUACUUGCGCACAACAAGAUUUCAUUGUUACCUGACAUGUCGGGUCUUGUUUCUCUGCAACAUCUCGAUGUCUCCCAUAAUCAAUUAACUGAGUUCCCAACUUCGUUCCCUAGUCUGUCAAAGUUGCACACUUUGAUCCUUAAUUCGAAUCAUAUCAGGGAAUUGCCUAUCGAAGUGAACUCACUUAACGACAACUUGAAGACAGUAAAUUUAUCAGAUAACGAAAUCGUCGAUCUCCCAUUCCUGUUUUGCAACUGCAAAAAGAUAAAAACGCUAGAACUUGCUGACAACAACUUUUCGGAUAAUCGUUUUAAAAAAUUAAUCGACGAUCCAAGGCACAAGACUUUGGCAGUAAUAGAUUACUUGAAAAAGAAAGCACCAAAAACACCGAUAAGGAACAGCGAUGAAAAAGAAUCCAAAUCAAACUCAUCACAAAGCAACAUUGACAAAGACAAGUGUGUAUCAAAUGUUUCAGUAAUCACAGUCAAUUAUAGAAUUAGUAAUGCUUUGGUUGAAAGAAAAAAAGAAGCAUUGGAAAUUCGUCCAUUUAUUGUCUGUUGCGUUUUCAAGUACUGCUCAUUAAAUGCAGAAAAAGUGAAGCAGUUAUUGAAUAUUCAGAAUAAGUUGCAUUCAUCUGUUUGUGAAGAGAGGACUAUUGCAAGCAUCGGAACUCACGACUUCCGCAAGCUUCGACCCCCUCUAAUUUAUGGAGCCGUUGAUCCUGACGUAUUAAUGAUAACACCAUUACAUCGACAGAAAAAAAUUUCUGGGAGAGAACUAUUAUCAAAUUUGACAAAUGAAGCAGAACUAAUUCGAAAAAAGGAAAAACGAAACGUGGUAUCAAAUACUCAUAGGUACGUGUAUCUCAUUCAAAAACUACCCCUUUAUCCAUGUCUUAUGGAUGCGGAUGGCUUAGUUAUCAGCGUGCCGCCCGUAACGAAUUGCGAGGAGACAAAGCUUGAUGUGGAUACAAAGGAUAUAUUGAUAGAAGUAACAAGCACUGUAACAGAAGAUACUUGCCUAAGAAUAAUGGAAACAUUUAUCGAAGAAACUGUCAUGCAAGGAUGUUUGACGGAUUUAGUUAUUGAACAGGUUAAGAUCAAACAACACAGCGGUGAAUUAUUAGUGGCUUAUCCUAGCAAAAAGGAUCUUCGAAUAUCGAAAUGUACUGUCAGAUGGGAACCAGUUACGGAUGGAAGUAAUACACAUGAAUUAUCAAAAUGA